AACAACUUUCUCUGCUACUUCAUCAUCUUCCCCUUCAGAUCCACUUCUUUUAUUAACCAACGAUGUUUAGUACUGAUUUUAAAGCUCAACAUGAUCAUGAGUUUCCCCAGAAGAGCGGUAAUUCGGCCUUCCAAAUCAAACAGGAUGAUCAGUUCUUCUGCAGACUUCUUUCAAAGGAAAGCUCUAUUUCUCACCCGUCUUUCAGAGCACUUGCUAUUCCUUUUGAAUGGGAAUCUGAACCAGGCACACCUAAGCGUCCUUUUUCUGAAACCACUUUCCCCGCCCUCACUCCUCCACCUUGCUACUACUUUAAAACUACUCGGGACAUGACUCCCAGCAAAACGAAGGUGAAGAAGCGAUCAAGAUUCAAACUUCUGAAGAGCCUUGUCAACAUCAUAUUUUCUUCUGCAGGUAGAUACGGGCGUAUGGAAAUGCAUGGUAACAUUAUUUAGGCAUAUUUGACAGCAUAACUAGAUAACCUGCAGAGAGAGCAGGAAGAAGAAGAAACGCCUUUUUACGGAGCAUGUUUUAGGUAUGUACUCUCUUUUCCGAUAUCGAUAUAUAAUUCGCACCGUUUCUGCGUACUUAAGUUUUAUCUUUUCCCCCAACUACUGAUGGUAAUUUAUUACCAAGCUGCAAAGGUGUAAGCUAGAUUCUACCAUACAUUUUGUUAUUUGCCUCGAGCUCUAGUGUGAAUGUUAGCAAGUUGUUCACAUUAUAUUCGUUGAGAAGUGAAGUUCUUAUGUCAGAAAUUAUAUCGUUCGCAUCAAUAAGUCUCCCCAUUUAUUUUACACUAUCUCGGAAUAUUUGUGAUGGGCUGAUGUCUA